AUGCUAAGCGAAGAAAAUAAGGUGAUUGAUAAAGUGGAGAAGAUUUUGGUAUCUUGUCCUUACAAUGAAAAGUUGUAUCAAGAAGUUUUGCAAGAGUUAAAUCCAAUUGUAAUUCGAACUGCACAAGACGAAGAGUAUAGAAACAUUUUGGCUAAUUCUUACUCGAUUUGGAAACAGUUAAAGACCAGUCUAGAAAAUUGUACAUUAGAGAAAAUAAUUGAACUUUGUAAUGAAGAACAUCUUUAUUGGUACACAAGAACCAUACGAGGAUUAAUUAUUUUAAUGAGGAAUCUUUCAGCCAAUAACCAAGAUAUUCCACGAGAGUUAUCUCUACAGAAUUCAGUAGUUGAGUUAUUUGUGAAAAUUGUGUCUCUUAAAUUAAAAUAUGAUGAUAUAGAGACUUCUACAUUUAUUGCUAUAUCUAGUUUUCUUCACAAUGUGACAAAAAAGUCUGUAGUAUUUGACAGAUCAAUUUUGAAGUCUUUGAUGAUAUUCUUACAAUAUCCAUUAGAACAUCCGGAAAAAAAGCAUGAUCUAUUAUUCCCCUAUUUAUUAUAUUUUGUUAAUUUGAUCACUAAUGAAGAUUUUUUAUACUAUUUCUUUAGACAAGAACAAUGCACAAAGAUAUUAUACAAUUUUUUUAUCUUAGAGAUGAUUAAAAAUCAUUCUACUCUUUCUCAUUACUUGAAGAAUAUUUCAAAGGAAAAGAAUGUGGGUUCAUCGAUUGAAGUUGGUGAAAAGGAAUUGACUGCUAUUGAUAUGGCUUUGGUACGGUUAUUUAGUAUUUUGGCAUGUAAUGAGUCCUUCUGUGGGUAUUUCGAAAAAUUAAAGGAUAAUGAUAUUCCAAAGACGAUAGACAUUCUACAUGUAAUGCAAUUAGUUAUCACUAGCAGUGAUAGAUGGGACAAAUUUCAACUAACAACAAUAAUGAUGUGGUGUUAUAAUAUUUUUGAAAAAUUGGCUAACGAUGUUACUACAUAUUUUGAUAGAGAUGAAGAGGAUGAAGCUAAAGCAGGGCCGAUAUAUCAACAGUUAUACAGUAUUUUGGAUAUAUUAGUUUCUUUAUCUAAAUUUCAGCAUGUGUUGGAAUUUUUAAAUUCUUAUGGAUUUUUAAGCAAAUUAGUUCCUUUAUUAAAACUGUUACAAGAUAACUUAAUUCGUGUUAAUUUCACAAAAGAUAUAUCAGAAAAGAUUACAAAAGUCAAGACUACUGAUUCAGUAGGUAAUGAGAUAUUAGAGAACAAAAAAUUGUUAAAAAGAAUUGAUUAUCAAACUAGUACAAUCAAAUCAACCAAUUUCCCAGAAAUAAAGUCUUUUAUCAUUGAACUAUUGGCAAAUUUAUCCUAUAAGAAUAAAAAUAAUCAAGAUAAAAUUCGAGAGUUACAUGGAUUAGAGAUUGUGUUAUCUAAUUGUGUCAUAGAUGAUAACGAUCCAUUUAUUAAAGAAAAAAGUAUUGUAUGUAUAAGAUUUUUGCUGGAAGGUAACCCUGAUAAUCAGAGAAUUGUGGCACAAUUAGAAGCAAAGGGUGCAGUAAAGGAUAAAGAUUUAGAAGAAGCAGGGUAUGAAGUUAAGGUUAGUAAAGAAGGUGAAAUUAAAUUAACGUCAAAAGAAAAGAAAGAAGAAUAA